UUGCGCCGAGCCCCUGCAAAUCCGGGGCUUCCUAUUCAGGGAGGGCUUUUGCGCCGCCGGCGUGGCGCGCGCUCCAUAGGCCGCCGCUGAGCCGUACGCCGCUGGAGUAGAGGCGUCGCGGUGUGCCCGCUGCCCGUGGAGUGUGUGUGGGGGGGAAGGGAGAGAAGAGGCUUAAAGAGACAACAGCCGCGGGAGGCAGCCCACAAUGGAGCGGCUGGCGGGGGGCCGGGGGGCUGGCCCCCGCCUCUGAGGGGCCCCGAGGAGUUGGGAGCCGAAGGAUCUAAGCUGGCAGGACCCUCUCCACAGAAUGUGCUCUUCACCAAAGAGCGGGCCAAAGCAGGCGAAGAUGAGAAUCCCGGCGGGACCUUCAAGAGCACUAACAUUGCAGUAGCCCGGCGCCUGUGGGUGGCAGUGACGCCCCCAGCCCCCUCCCCUCCAUCUCAGACCGUGAUGGUGUAUUGACCGAGAAGAGCCCAGCUUUUUUUUUAUUUUUCCUUCCCCUCCCUCCCCUCGAGUUUCGGUGGCUUUGGGAUUUGUAUGGCAGCGGCGUAACCGUGGAGAGGCCGGGGUAUCACAAACUUAUGGAUUUUGAUAAGAGAGGAGGGAAAGGGGAGACAGAGGAAGGCAAAAGAAUGUCCAAGGCAGGUGGAGGAAGGAGCAGCCAUGGGAGCCGGAGCGCAGGGACUAACUCUGGAGUCUUAAUGGUGGGCCCCAACUUCCGGGUCGGGAAGAAGAUUGGCUGUGGCAAUUUCGGGGAGCUCCGUCUAGGAAAGAAUCUCUACACGAAUGAAUAUGUAGCUAUAAAAUUGGAACCGAUAAAAUCACGAGCCCCACAGCUGCAUCUGGAAUAUCGGUUUUACAAGCAGCUCGGAAAUGCAGAAGGAAUUCCUCAGGUUUAUUACUUCGGGCCCUGUGGGAAGUACAACGCCAUGGUGCUGGAGCUGCUGGGACCCAGCCUGGAAGACCUGUUCGACCUGUGCGAUCGGACCUUCACGCUCAAAACCGUCCUGAUGAUCGCGAUACAGCUGAUCACGCGGAUGGAGUACGUUCACACCAAAAGCCUGAUCUACAGAGACGUCAAGCCAGAGAACUUCCUGGUGGGGCGGCCGGGCAGCAAGCGUCAGCACACCAUCCACAUCAUUGACUUUGGCCUGGCCAAGGAGUACAUUGACCCUGAGACCAAAAAACACAUCCCCUACCGAGAGCACAAGAGCCUGACGGGGACGGCGCGAUACAUGAGCAUCAACACACACCUUGGGAAAGAGCAAAGCCGCAGGGAUGACCUGGAAGCGCUAGGGCACAUGUUCAUGUACUUCCUGCGGGGCAGCCUCCCUUGGCAAGGGCUCAAGGCUGACACGCUGAAGGAGCGGUAUCAGAAGAUCGGAGACACCAAAAGAGCCACCCCCGUCGAAGUCCUGUGUGAAAACUUCCCAGAGGAGAUGGCAACCUACCUGCGCUAUGUGCGGCGGCUGGAUUUCUUCGAGAAGCCGGAUUACGACUACCUGCGCAAGCUCUUCACGGACCUGUUCGACCGGAGCGGCUACGUCUUCGACUACGAGUAUGACUGGGCCGGGAAGCCAUUACCAACUCCAAUCGGCACAAUCCACAGCGACGUCCAGGUGCAGCCUCCGAACAGAGACAAAGCACAGCCACACACCAAACACCAGGUGAUGAGUUCCACCAACGGAGAACUGAACACGGACGACCCAACCGCGGGACACUCGAAUGCCCCGAUCACGGCGCCCGCCGAGGUGGAGGUAGCGGAUGAUACAAAGUGCUGCUGUUUCUUCAAGAGGAGGAAGAGAAAAACCAUCCAGCGCCACAAGUGAUCUGCCAGGGACAUAACGGAUCAGUUUGUGCAGUAUCGCCUCUAACUCUGGCUCCGGAUGGGUCUAGAUUCCUGAUCAGAUCUGCAAGGCCUUCCCUCCCUCUGAUUUGGAUGGGGGUGGGGGAAGAGCCGUCAUGACUUCACCGCCUAGCACCAUGUGUGUGGAUGGGGAGGGGGGGAGGGACGUUCCCAAACUGCUUUGCUUUUCCUCCACCAGCACCACUUCCACCCAGUGGGCGUUUACUCAGACCCAGUCAGACUGUGCCGCUGUUCUCAGGCCCGGCUGUCGUGCAGUCCACGGAGAGCAUUAAGCUAUUUAACAAGGAAACCAACCAACCAAACCCAUGACGUGAAUUUCUUUUGAUUCUAUUAACUAGUUUGAAAACGGGGAUCAACUCUACAGACUCAGAAAACGUUGCUGGCGUAGAAGAAGCCGAAGACAAUUUCAAGAGGGGCGGGGGGGGAUAUGGAGAAUUUUUUUUCCCUGUCGCUUCUUUAUCGCCGAAGUUAAUUUAAGUCUCGGUGCAGAGUGCUGAGUUGUCAGUCUUUGACCUUCCUCUUUUUAGUGUUACGAAAUUCUGCUUUUCUUUUAAAGAUUGUGUUUUCCCUGUGAGCUCCCCCUCCCCCAUUUGGUUCAAGUUCUUUCCUUGUGGUGGCGAUCAACCGCUAUGUUAGCCGAGUCUCUGGUACGGUGAUGCGUGGAGGAGGGACUCGUUUACACUUUCGUUUUACGAUGCACUUUUGCUAGCAAUACAAGCGAUGUUUGGUCUUGAAAUGAACAGUUUAGUAAUUAACUGGGGAAAUCAGGUGGGAGGAGGGGAGGGGAGCUGAAUUUAGGGUCUCAGGAAUGGGUGGGAGCUUAUCAGAACCCUGAAGCUGCGCCCUCGGCCCUUUGAAAUGGGCAGCCUCCCUUGGGGGCACCUGGCCAAGACCAAAGGGAAACUUAACGUUGAAGAGCAAGGUAGAAAAAGGAUGUCUUAAUGGUCCCUGCAAUGAGCCUUGGGGUGGGGCCCACGACAGCCUAGGCCGGUUUUAUGGAGCACAGGAUUGCUGAGUCCUGCUUAUUCUCCUGGUAUGAGAGUUCAGUGUCCUCGGUUUGUGAAGUUGCUUAACUGGACUCUUUUAAAAAGACUUUCCUGUUGUUCAGGCCCCUA